CCUCGUAUAUACGUUCACCUUAAAAGACAAUAUUGUUAUCGUAAACUGAUAAUAUAUAACGGUUCGACUAUUAUAAAUCUUUACCCUCCUCGAUGUAAAAUUCGUAUCAUAUCACAUUUGACUACUGCAAGGAUUAAUGUUUCCUUUCACAUCCGGUGCAUUUCACAUUGUUAGAACAGCGACGACUUUGGAUUCGACAAUUUCAUAAAGGGAUAUUUAUUCAUUUUUGAUAUUAAUUUUCAUACUGCAGAGAUUUAAAGUUAGAAGGAUAAAAACAAACAUUCCGAAAAUCACCUCCGGUAUGGAAGCGUAUGUGAUGUACAUUGCUAACAAGCUACAAGAAAUACGGUUUGGAAAACCAAGUGAGGUACGGAUUCUUCACUUCGGAGAAUUAAAAACAUGGACAUUUUGGCGAGCUGUACUAGCGGAAUUUGUAGGGACAUUAUUAUUUGUAUUUUUGGGAUGUGCAUCUGCAAUACCUAUCACUGGAGAGCCACAAUCAACUAUUAAGAUUGCAUUCGCUUUUGGAAUCUCCAUAAUGGCUUUAAUUCAAAUGUUUGGACAUAUUUCUGGCGGGAAUUUUAAUCCUGCAGUGUCGUUUGGAUUAGCAGCAGGCGGAAUCAUAACACCUGUCCGUGCAGUAUUAUACACAGUAGCUCAAAGCGUCGGCGCAGUACUCGGAGGACUCAUCUUAAAAGGGGUUACCGUAUCUACAUACCACAAUAACCUUGGUGUCACAUCCAUUAAUCCACUUUUAAAUGUUGGACAGGGAUUCGGUGUAGAAGUGAUUUUAACAUUUGUUUUGGUUUUUGUAAUAAUUGCCACUAUAGAUACAAAUAGAACAGACGCUGGUAUGGCAUCGGUAGCUAUAGGAUUAACAGUUUCAGUGUGUCAUCUUGCCGGGAUUACCUACACUGGUUCAAGUAUGAACCCUGCCAGAUCACUUGGUAGUGCUGUCGCCUCAAACAGUUUCAACGAUCACUGGGUUUAUUGGGUUGCUCCUAUACUUGGUGGUGUUAUUGCAGCAGUUUUAUAUAAAUUUCCUUUCUCGCCAUUCCGUAACGCAAUCCCGAUGGAUGAAGCGGUAAACGAAUUAUUGCAAGAUGGGGACAUGAUUGUUAUUCCAAAAGAUUACUUCACUGGGCGAAGUCAACAAAAGAUACACACUGCCAACAGUCAAUUAUAAGAUACUAUCUCUUAUAUAAACAAUCUAUUAUUGGCAUCUACAAAUAUACAUUUAUUAAAUAAUACACUGCUUACUACAGCACUGUCUUUAUUGUAGGACGUAUACUACUGAAAUUCAAGACUUUUUUUCCUAACAAAAAUGUUGGAAUAAUACAUAGCCUUUCUUUCUUUUCUCUUUUAUUUAUAUAAGCGUUUACAUUUUUUUAAUUGAAGGUGAGAAAAAGAUAUCAUAGCUGGUAAAUAUGUGAAUAUUUUACCUGAAUGAUUAACUAAGUUUGUUAUAAUUGUAACAUAAGCUUCAUAUUUCCCUUUUAAAAUCUUUGUAAUUUCAUUGUUUUCGUACAGAAUUGCAAGUACGCAAAUGUUUUAAAAAAACACAGUAACACAAAUUUCUGUAAUCUGGAGCAAUCAUAUUUUAUAUUCCUAAUAGGGAAGUUGUUCGGUUUGAAACAUAGGUAAACAAGAAAAUGUGUAUUUUAACUAUAAAGUGCAUUUUUACAACUAUGUUGAUCUGAAUGUCACUGGUGAGUCUUAUGUAGACGAAACGCGGGUCUGGUGAAUUAAAUUAUAAUCCUGGUACAUUCGAUAACUGUUCUUUACGUCGCUUGUUUCAGAUAAUACUUUUAUUUGUUAUGAAGUCAAAAGAUGUUGUAUAGUUAUAUAAUGAUAACCAAAGCUAAGCAAGGUACUGUUUGAAUUAAGAGUGAGGCUGACAAUUUCGAUUUAAUAUGAUAUUAUAUUUUUGGUGAUAAAAGCUAUGUUAUUGCAGGCUUGGGACAUAUAUCAUCCUUUUUUCGUUUUGUCAUUAUGUUAUGGUGUUUGAAAAGAAAUAUAACAAAUACUUUUAAAAUAUAUAUGUCAUCAAAGAGGUUUCAUAAGGUUCUAAAAUGAAAAAAAAAUAUCAUAUCUUGAAAAAAUGGAAAGUUCUGAUAAUUUUUUGUCCCUUGUUUACGCAUGCAUCACUUGGCAUGCACAUUCACACUAAGCAAAUCAGUAGAAACUAUCGUUUAUUAGACGUAGACCCCAUAAUAUAAACACAAAUCAUUCAAUAAAAUAAAAAAGGGUUCACUUUGUACAUGCAAAUAUAAAUGUAACAUGAUCAAUGUUAAAAAAACAAUUAC